CUCGCAGCCAAUCAGCAACAACAAUCGCCUCGAGGUGCGACGGGGUGAUUCUCCCUUACAACAACUGAGCUUCGAUCUCGCACCCCGACUCCUUGCUACUUAAACCCAUCUCUAUACCCUUGAGCGUCUACUACCCCUUUUCUCUCCCCAGCCAGUUGGAAGCUCUUCCCUAACCUUUCUUUCCCUCCCACCUCGUUUAACCUCCAAACAACUACCCCUCCAUAACAAUGGGUGACAACAACCAAGCCACUUUCCAGGGCAAUGACCCUGCUUCCAAUGCCCCCGACGCCGCUGCCUACGAUAAGGGCAAGGGAAAGGCCGUCGAUGACUCCAUGGACGUGAGCAUGGAUGAGGAUGAAGAGAGCGAGGGAAGUGAGGGAGAAGAGCCUGUAUGUGUCCGUGACCGCUUAUUUAGAGUGCAGCUGGCUGAUUUGAUUUCGUUAUUUAGAUGGUCGAAGGUAAACAAAACCAAUUCUAGCAGAACUAGAAUGAGGCGACUAACGAUGACAACAAUAGACGACGAUGACGACGACAACGACAACCUCGAGCCUGUCUCCGCCGACAACAUCCUUAGCGGUGGAAGACGUACCCGCGGCAAGACCAUCGACUACCAGGAGGCUGCUGAAAGGAUCAAUCAGGACGAAAUGGACGAGGAUGACGAUGAUGACGAGGAAUACGAGCCUGCCGACAAGCAGUGAUUUAUCGGAAUAUCUAACGACACCAAGAAACGUAUUUUGGGGCGAGGCGAU